AUGGCGAUCAUAAUUCUGUCCCGAGGACAGUGUGGACUUUCUCGGUGCAUCACUUACUACUUGGUGGUGAUAGCAGCGAAUGAUUUCCUUGUCAUCAUCACUGCAGUCAUCUUCAACAGGAUUGGUGGCAUUUACUUCAGGUACAGUGUUAUGUCCACCACCCCCGGUUGUACGGUUAGCACCGUGCUUAUCUAUGCUACCCGCGAUGGGUCAGUCUGGCUGACAGUGGCAUUCACUAUCGACCGUUUUAUCGCCAUCUGCUGUCAGAGUCUGAAGACUAGGUACUGCACUGAGAAAACUGCGUUGCUGGUCAUAGGAGGCAUCAGUGCCAUGAGUUACAUCAAGAAUGUCCCUUUCUUCUUUACCUACAAACCCUUGUACACCGUGGAUGGAGUUCCCUGGUUUUGUGAUAUCAAGUCCGCCUAUUACACAUCGCCUGCAUGGCAAGUCUAUGACUGGCUGGAUCACAUUUUAACUCCUGUUCUACCAUUCUUCCUCAUUCUGUUACUCAACGUUCUGACCAUAAGACAUAUCCUAACUGCUAGCAGAAACCGGAGAAGGCUCCGGGGUAAUAACAAUUGCACAGAUCACGAGAAUGCCAACCGCAGAAGGUCCAUUGUUCUGCUGUUCACCAUUUCACUAAGCUUUCUCCUCCUGUGGGUCACCUAUGUAGCACAUUUCCUCUAUGUGCGGAUUACUGGUAAUGGCUACUUCACUGGCCUGGAUUUCAAGAACCCAGACUUCAUCUUUCAAGAGAUGACAAACAUGUUUCAGUUGCUCAGUUCCUGCAACAAUGUCUUCAUCUACGCAGUCUCCCAGACCAAGUUCCAAGAAAACCUGAAGGAGCUGUUGAUGUGCCCUUUCACCAUUCUCACUGGCUGUUUUAAAUAUUAA